GCUGACACGUUCCCUCCCCUCUCUCUUCCCAUGAAGCUGACACCUCCCCUCUCUCUCCCCGUGUGACUGGCACACACCCUCUCUCCGUCAGCCUCCGAGCCGGGACAAAAGCAUCUCUAGUAUCUUUUGGCCGGGACCAGGGCAGCGGCCGCCUCCCCGCUCAUGUCGACCGAAAGCAAAGCGCGGCUCGGGCCCGACUCCGAGCCCCCCCGGCCUUGCGUGGAGGCGGAGGCCGGCGAUGGACGGCAGCAGUCCCGGGCCAGGCUGGCCUUCACCCUGCCACCCCUCCGCUCGCCUGCUUUCGACGAAUCCGAUCUGUUGGAGGGCUGUGAUCUGGUGGAUUGUCGUCGAGAGGUUCCAACUCUGAUGGAUUUCACUGUGGCGAUUCCCAACCAGCUGCUUCUGGCCUCACUUCUAGAACAUCUCUGUUUCGUUUACGAGAGAAAUCCUCGCAGAUCCACCGUCCUGUUCAAAUUGCUGUGCCAGAAGCUUGCAGAGCUGCACCUGAUUUCGCCCGUGGCCUUCAGUGAUGAGCUCAGCACUGUGAGACUGCAGCACAAUCAGGCCUUUACUAAACUGCUGCGGGCAGCAAGCAAAGGUUUGUCGGUACAGGGACGUGCUACCAAUGAAGAGGUCCAUCCCCAAAUCCUCUGCGGGACAAAAGAAACACUCUAUCAGAGACAGACAUCUCGGUCCGUGAGUGAAUUUGAAGAAAUCGCAUGUCUGGGCAAAGGAAGCUAUGGAAAAGUGUACAAGGUCAGGAAUAAAUUGGACGGACAGUUCUACGCUUUGAAGAAAAUUCUCAUGAAGAAGUUUACAAGAUUGGGCUGUAUGAAGGUUUUGCGAGAGGUAAAGGUACUGGCGGGUCUUCAGCAUCCACACAUUGUUGGCUAUCACACUGCCUGGAUAGAGCACGUACAGCAUCUGGUCUUAAAAAGUAAUCAAGUGUCGCUAAGUAAUCUAUGUGCAUUGAAAGGUCUUCCUGUUCAGGAGGAUGGAGGAGACCCUGCAGUCCAUAACACACAUACCAGCGGCUCCAGUAUCAUUUUUGCAGACCCUAGUUCUUCUAUGAGAUUGGGAGAGCCUUUGUCAGGGUGCCGAUUGGUGGAGGAAGAGGUGCUUGUAAACAGUUCAAAGGAAGAUGGCAAGAAAACCACCAUCCACGGUGAAGCAAGUGGAGUGAAGCUUCCAACCAACAGUGGGCAUCGACACCUGGGAAUAAAGGACUUUGGCAGGCACCUGCCUUGCUUUUACUCCAAGGAUCUGUCUAUGUACAGCGACAUAGAUCAGUCUAAGCUACAGAUAUGCCAGGACGGGAGGAAUAAACUGAACUCCUUGUUUGAAGUGUUGGAGACUGAAACACAAGACCUCGAGAUGAACAAAGAACUAGGAUGUGAAGAUGUAGAGAUUUCGGGUUCGUCUGUAAACCCGGGCAGUAAUUCGACAUCAGAGAGUGAUUCGUCAUUCACGGAUGUGCCGCCUGUCUCCAAGAUCCCUUUCCAUCUUGUGCUUCACAUACAAAUGCAAAUGUGUGAAGGGUCUCUUCAGGAAUGGAUUUUGGAAAGGAAUACCAGAGCACGAGAGGGUCUGGAAUUUACAUGUCAAUUUGCUCUGCUGGAAUUGGACUGCACCAUGCACAUAUUCCGUCAGCUCGUCGAGGGAGUACGUUACAUCCAUUCUAAGGCUGUCAUGCACAGGGACCUGAAGCCAAGGAACAUCUUUCUCCAUGCUCCUGACUGCCACGUUCGGAUCGGGGAUUUCGGACUGGCCUGCAGUGACAUUGUUGAGACGUCAGAUUCAUGGACGACCAAGAAUGAAGGUCCCGAUUCCAAACACACCUCGGGAGUUGGAACCUGUCUAUACGCUUCCCCUGAACAACUAAGAGGUUCUUGCUAUGAUUUCAAGUCGGAUAUGUACAGUGUUGGCAUAAUCUUACUGGAGCUCUUCCAUCCAUUCGGAACUGCGAUGGAGAGGACAAAGAUAAUCAUGGCACUUCGAGAAGGCCACAUCCCUAAGGACUUUGCCCAAUGGUGGCCUCUCCAAGCUAAAUACAUCAAGAUGCUAACCAGCAAAGAUGCCUCCCACAGACCAAGUGCAGACGAGAUGUUGGACAGUGAACUCUUCUCUUCUCUCAAGCUCACUCCGCUGCAGGAGAAGCUCGAACAGAAGGUGGUGACCCAGGAACAAGAAAUCAAGAGCCUUCAGCAGAAAUUGAUUGAUCGGGAAGAGGAAAUCCGACACCUCAAGGAACAAGUCAAAUUACUGGCCAUGGAGGGGGAGAACAUAUAGAGAUCUUCAUAAAUUUCCCAGAGAAACUUAUUUUGCUUUCUUUCUACUCAAAUUUACUUGAAUACCUCAUGAAUAUUGAUGGUGUAUGUGCUUUGAAUAUACGGGUUUAUUUAAAUGAACGGAGAGGAUUGAUGGAUGAACUAUUAAAUGUAUUCAUUGGUUCAUUAUUAAGGCGUUCUGCAUUAAAUUUGCUGUAUUA